AUGCCCGGCCCGGCGGCCGGCAGUAAAUCUCGGGUGUACGCCGAUGUCAACACUUUGAAGAGCAGGGAAUAUUGGGACUAUGAAGCCCACGUGCCUAGUUGGAGGUGAGAUGUUUUAAUAUCUUGGUCUGGAAUUUCUAAACAUCAUAAUGCACUAUUUAGUAGUUUAUUGGCAAAUGCUUUAUCAACCGUAUGAUAAAACUGUUUAUGUCAAUAAAUGUGUAUUCUAUUGAUAUAUUAGAUAUCAUCAUAAUAAUAAAGGAGUAUGAAUAAGGCGUCUUUUGAAAACUAUUUCAAUCUUUAUUUGGAGAAUAUUAUGUAUUUUGGAGACCUAAAGUUUUGUCGGGAACGUGCAUGGUUAUGUGAGUCUGCGCGUAGCAUGUUCAGAUUGUCCUGCACUCUUGAUUGGGAUGGGAAAAUCAUCAAUCUGCAAGAUCGAGCAGCCCUAGCUGGCAGUUGACGCUGACAGGGCAGCACCGAAUGACGCUUGUGAAUUUUACUACUGUAGCAUACUUCCUAUUUAUUUUCUACUUUCCUAUAUUUUCCUUUUCGAUAUUUCCACAUAAGCACCAACAUGUGAAGUUCAUAGGAGCAUAUCAAAUUGGUUGUCAAAUGAAAGCUAAGUCUAUAUUUUGGGGAAAUGAAGGCAUAGAUACAUUUUUCAAUCUUAAAAAUUAGGCAUAAGUAAAGGCUUUGAUUUCUGGAUAAACAGAUGGAAAAGGGGUCUUAGAAAACAUCUACUAGAAAAAGUCUUAAAAGGUAUCAGAAAUGCAUCAAAACACAAUGUUGACAUAAAGACCCCUGCCAACUAAUAUCAACACUUUGUUUUUAGAGAAAUGUUUUACCUUCUGUAUAUUUAAGAAAUAUUGCCUUGUAAUUCCGUUACCAAAAACUCAUAUCUUUUAAGAUAUUUUCUAAUUUCUCUCCCUCAUAAGGAGGGAGGAUAAUGAAAGUUCAAGUAAAAUAAAAUUGUAUUUGUCACAUGCGCCGAAUACAACAGUUGUAGACCUUACUGUGAAAUGCUUACUUACAAGCCCUUAACCAACAAUGUAGUUUUAAGAAAAUACAGUUAAGAAAAUAUUUACUAAAUAAACUCAAGUUUAAAAAAAGUUACGCAAUAAAAUAACAAUAAUGAGGCUAUAUACAGGGGGUACUGGUACCGAGUCAAUGUGCAGGGCUACAGGUUAGUAGAGAUAAUUUCUACAUGUAGGUAGGAGUAAAGUGACUAUGCAUAGAUAAUAAACAGCGAGUGACAGCAGUGUAAAAACAAAGGGGGGGGGGGGUUCAAUGCAAAUAGUCCGGGUGGCCAUUAGAUUAAUUGUUCAGCAGUCUUAUGACUUGGGGGUUGAAGCUGUUAAGGAAAAUUUUGGACCUAGACUUGGCACUCUGGUACCGCUUGCCGUGCGGUAGCAGAGAGAACAGUCUAUGACUUGGGUGACUGGAGUCUUUGACCAUUUUUGUGGCCUUCCUCUGGCACCGCCUAGUAUAUAGCUCCUGGAUGGCAGGAAGCUUGGCCCCAGUGAUGUACUGGGCUGUACUCACUACCCUCUGUAGCGCCUUACGGUCGGAUGCCGAGCAGUUGCCAUACCAGGUGCUGACGCAACCGGUCAGGAUCCUCUCGAUGGUGCAGCUGUAUAACCUUUUGAGGAUCUGGGGCCCUCUUCACAACUUUCUUGGUGUGUUUGGACCAUGAUAGUUUGUUGGUGAUUUGGACACCAAGGAACUUGAAACUCUCGACCCGCUCCAUUACAGCCCGUCGAUGUGAAUUGGGGCGUGUUCGGUCCUCCUUUUCCUGUAGUCCACGAUCAUCUCCAUUGUCUUGCUCACGUUGAGGGAGAGGUUGUUGUCCUGGCACCACACUGCCAGGUCUCUGACCUCCUCCCUAUAGGCUGUCUCAUCGUUGUCGGUGAUCAGGCCAACCACCGUUGUGUCAUCAGCAAACUUAAUGAUGGUGUUGGAGUCGUGCUUGGCCACACAGUCGUGGGUGAACAGGGAGUACAGGUGGGGACUAAGCACGCACCCCUGAGGGGCCCCCGUGUUGAGGAUCAGCGUGGCAGAUGUGUUGUUGCCUACCCUUACCACCUUGGGGCGGCCUGUCAGGAAGUCCAGGAUCCAGUUGCAGGUGUUUAGUCCCAGGGUCCUUAGCUUAUUGAUGAGCUUUUGAGCACUAUGGUGUUGAACGCUGAACUGUAGUCAAUGAACAGCAUUCUCACAUAGGUGUUCCUUUUGUCCAGGUGGGAAAGGGCAGUGUGGAGUGCGAUUGAGAUUGUGUCGUCUGUGGAUCUGUUGGGGCGGUAUGUGAAUUGGAGUGGGUCUAGGGUUUCCGGGAUGAUGGUGUUGAUAUGAGCCAUGACCAGCCUUUCAAAGCACUUCAUGGCUACCAACGUGAGUACUACGGGGCGGUAGUCAUUUAGGCAGGUUACCUUCGUUUUCUUGGGCACUUGAAACAUGUAGGUAUUAUAGACUCGGUCAGGGAGAUUUUGAAAAUGUCAGUGAAGACACUUGCCAGUUGGUCCGCGCAUGCUUUGAGUACACGUCCUGGUAAUCCGCCUUGUGAAUGUUGACCUGUUUAAAGGUCUUGCUCACAUCGGCUAUGGAGAGCGUGAUCACACAGUCAUCCGGAACAGCUGGUGCUCUCAUGCAUGUUUCAGUGUUGCUUGCCUCGAAGCUAGCAUAAAAGGUAUUUAGCCCGUCUGGUAGGCUCACGUCACUGGGCAGCUCGCGGCUGGGUUUCCCUUUGUAGUCCAUAAUAGUUUGCAAGCCCUGCCACAUCCGACGAGCAUCAGAGAUGGUGUAGUAGGAUUCAAUCUUAGUCCUGUAUUGACGCUUUGCCUGUUUGAUGAUUCGUCUCAGGGCAUAGCGGGAUGUCUUAUAAGCGUCCGGAUUAGUGUCCCGCUCCUUGAAAGCGGCAGCUCUAGCCUUUAGCUCGGCGCGGAUGUUGCCUGUAAUUCAUGGCUUCUGGUUGGGGUAUGUACGUACGGUCACUGUGGGGACGACGUCAUCGAUGCACUUAUUGAUGAAGCCGGUGACUGAGGUGGUAUACUCCUCAAUGCCAUUGGAUGAAUUCUGGAACAUAUUCCAGUCUGUGCUAGAAAAACAGUCCUGUUGCUUAGCAUCCGCCUCAUCUGACCACUUACUUAUUGAGCGAGUCACUGGUGCUUCCUGCUUUAGUUUUAGCCUGUAGGAAUCAGGAGGAUAGAAUUAUGGUCAGAUUUGCCAAAUGAAGGGAGACCUUUUGUAUGCAUCUCUGUGUGUGGAGUUAAGGUGGUCUAGAGUUUUUUUCCCCUCUGGUUGCACAUGUGACAUGCUGGUAGAAAAGAGGUAAAACAGAUUUAAGUUUGCCUGCAUUAAAGUCCCGGCCACUAUGAGCGCCGCUUCUGGAUGAGCAUUUUCUUGUUUGCUUAUGGCCUUAUACAGCUCGUUGAGUGUGGUCUUAGUGCCAGCGACAGUUUGUGGUGGUAAAUAGACGGCUAUGAAAUAUAGAUGAAAACUCUCUUGGUAGAUAGUGUGGUCUACAGCUUAUCAUGAGAUACUCUACCUCAGGUGAGCAAUACCUCGAGACUACCUUAAUAUUAGACAUCGCGCACCAUCUGUUAUUGACGAAUAGACACACACCCCCACCCCUAGUCUUACCAGACAUAGGUGUUCUGUCCUGCCGAUGCACGGAAAACCCAGCCAACUGUAUAUUAUCUGUGUCGUCGUUCAGCCACGACUCUGUGAAACAUAAGAUAUUACAGUUUUUAAUGUCCCGUUGAUAGGAUAGUCUCGAAUGGAGCUCAUCCAGUUUAUUCUUCAGUGAUUGCACAUUGGAUAAUAGAAUGGAUGGUAGAGGCGGGUUACCCACUCCCUGACAAAUUCUCACACAGCACCCUGAUCUCUGCCUCCUGUAUUUCCUUAUUUUCUUCAUGAGAAUGACAGGGAUUUGGGCCUUGUCUGGGAGCGAAAUUAUAUCCUUCACGUCCGACUCAUAAAAUAAAAAAUCUUUGUCCAGUUCAAGGUGAGUAAUCGCUGUUCUGAUAUCCAGAAGCUCUUUUCGGUCAUAAGAGACGGUAGCAUCAACAUUAUGUACAAAAUAAGUUACAAACAAUGCAAAAAAAACCACACAAAAUAGCACAAUUGGUUAGGAGCCUGUAAAAUGGCAGCCAUCCCCUCCGGCGCCAUUCCGUAACAAGUAAUAGUAUACCUACCAAUUAGUUAUAUUGAAUUUACUGAUAUUCAUUUUGUUUAUGAAUUAUUAAGUGAUUAAAACUCGUAAUUCCGUUACCAAAUUGGUAACAGAAUUACUGCAACUGAAUUGGCUACAAUGGGAAAUCAUAAUAGUCACAAACCACCGUUUGGUCACCUGCUACUGGCCUCCCUUCCACUGGCAUAUUGUUAUGUUCAGCUCAUAACAGUUUUCUUUGUCUUUCUGUCUGGUGGUCAAACCAAGAGUGUUAAAACAGUCUGGACAACCUCUCCCUCUGCCUCUCUCUCUCUCUCUCUCUUUCUAACUCUCCAGUUAAUGUUACUUCUCCCAGCUCUUACUGACACCUACCCAUGAGUAGGGCUGUUGCAGUGAUCGUAUUACCGCCACACUGGCGGUCACGAGUCAUGAAGGCAGUCAAAUUCCACGUGACCGUUUAAUCACGGUAAUUAGGCUUCUCCAAGCUCUGAUGCUACUGAUGGUCAUUCGUAGCCUACCAAACUUGCUAACAGCCUGGUACUCGGCACUCUAUUGUCCCUCUAAUCACUCUGACAUCAAUGCAAAUGUUUCGAAAAUCGAAUCAAACACUUCAUGAGAGCCCAUGAGCUCAUGUUGCGCAACAUUUCAAUUGGCUAUGCAAUUGCGUGAGAAAACAGAGUGAUGGCCUCUACUACAAAGAGGAGGAUCAGCUUUCUAUAGGCUAGGCCUACUAUAUUUAUUUCUCAACUUUCCUAAUAUUAAGCACUUUACUUAUAUUUACAACAGGAGUAUAGCCUACCUGGCCGGCAUGAAAAUAUACCAUGGGGAAAAGCGUCCUCCAUUCGCUAUUUAAAUGCAUAGAUUACAUGUAUUUUUCCCGCUGGCCCUGUUUCGAUACAGGUGCAUGAUAAUGGCCCAUUCUAAAUCAAAACAAAUUUCACAUAUAUUAUUUAGUAUAUGUAAAGACAACAUUAAAUUAAGAAUAGUCUGAUGGGUGACAAUAUUAGCCUAUCACUUGUGAAUGAUAUAUUAUCACUUGUGAAUGAUGCCCAGCAUAAGAAACAAAGCCUUUUUUUUGCGACUUUUUCGAAUCAUAGUCGCACACCUCAUGUAGCCUAGCCCAUCGGCCUGUAUGUUUUAAUAAGGUUUGUAUCACAACUAAAGUGGCCAAAUAACUUCUUAAAAUUAAGCACAUUGAUCUGCUUUACAAGGGGUGUAGAGCCUAACUGGCAUACAUAAGCAGCGCGCGAGUUUCAAGUUUGGGGAAGAUCAUUUUCACCAUAGAAAUGCACCUUUAUAAUAAAAGCAUUACAUGCAUAAUUGCAUUUGCGGUCACUUUUGAUAAUGGUGUUUUCCCGUUAAUGGAACAUUUGCGUUUAAAGCCUACUACCAUGUGCGCGUUGCUGCGUUUAUAAUGUGAAGAAAUAGCUGAAUAGUUUAUCAACAUUUUAAGCUAAACAUUCUGAUCUGUUGCAUCAGCCACAUUGUGUAAAAACGUUUUUUUUGAUGCUAGCGGUUGUAUUAAUUUGGGAUCUAUCGCAUCCCACAACUUUCCCAGACUAUGUUUGGAAUAUUUAUUUCUCGCACAGAAUAGAAUAGGUCGACCUUUGUACUAUGGGGGAUAGUAGAUUUUCAUAGGCUAGUGCUUUUGCUGUUCAUUAGGCCUACUUAUCUUGUUGGCUGACAAAAAGUAUAUGUGGAUAGUUCUUCCAAUAUCUUCAACAUGCACCUCGGAAUUGGAUAAGGACACGCGCAGUUGCAUCCCCGAUGUCUGUCUUCACUUGUAGCCUGUGAGAAAGACCCGAUCACGUGAUGGAGCGCGCAGCACUCUGGGAGAAGGGCACAACGGCAUGUUUUUUUUUAGGGUGCGUUACGGCCACACAAAGGGGAUGCCGCCGGGAAAUUCUAGGCAUUAUCAAGUGCUUGUCAAAUUGUGAAUGAGUGACUGAUGUAGUGUGUACAGCCUGCACAAAAAACAAAGCAGAGCUCAUGCCUUUCAAGCGACUAUUUUCAAAUCAUCAUUAGAGUUGCAUCAUGCAGCCUUACAAUGUAUUAAAUAUCAAAACAGAUAGGCCAGCGUUUGUAGAACAACUAAAGUUACAUUAAUAACUCUAAAUUAAGCAUAUAGGAAUACUUAUUUAUUUGUUAACCACUCAACACAGAAUUGCCGCAUGUGCGCACUCCCUCAAAUCGUUUAGAGAAAAUGUCCUUUAUUUUAUUCAGCUUAUUCAAUUGUAUUCUUCAUACUAUAAAAUAAUGCCACGGAAUUCUAAGCAAAUCUUGUCUGCUAAAUGAACUAGUGUAGGCCACAGCCAUUUGGCAUAGCCAGAUCAGGACCUAACAUAAGGACAACUCAGAGUAUGCUAUUCUGUUCGUCUGAAAUAGACUACAGUUUCUUCAUAUUAUGCUUCUUUAGACCUGUCUAACUCAGUCCGGCGUUCAACUUACUCUUGAAAGUUGUAAUUGUAGAAUGCUCAUGGUGCAAGUUCGAAAUUGGGUAGUGCAUCAUCAGUUUUCCUCUUGUCAUGUCAGUCAUUUCAUACCUUGGAGAGCUAUUUAUAACUUGUCAGAAAUGUCCAGAUCAACUAGCCCAUGUCAGCUAACGUUUUUAGCUAGGUUUUUUUGCCCAUAGAUUUUGUUGGGCUUUAAAACUGCAACAUUUUCUCUGCACCACAUGACAAAAUGUGUAGAAUUGCAGAAAAUAAGCUUGAAACCUGCAACAACAAGAGGGUUGUGAACAGUGCUUGUGCCCAUAGAAAUAGACGUGGUGUGCGUGCAGGGGGGGGAGGGGCGCGGGAUGUUCCCCAAUGCUGGAAGGAGGGCCUGAGUGAGUAGAGCACAGUACAGUGAGUAGAGCACAGUAGAUUACAGUCCAAUACAGGACAGUGGUACAGUACAAUACAGUGAAACAUGAGGAGAAUGACAUUCAUAUAAAUAAUGAUGCAUUUCCGUGUAGUACAGAUCAUGGACCCAUGAUGUAAUUCCGUUCUAGUUCAAUAACCAAAAUGGCUGACAUCCCAUUAUUUCUGCAGACAUCUUUGAGUUAGGGCUGGGCGAUAUAUCAAAUUAAUUCAAAUGCCUGUAUCGCAAGAAUCAACGUUAUUAUUUUUAGUCAUUUUUUUUUUUAUGACCGUUUAUGCCGUUUGUCCUCAUGUUGUCUUUUUGGCUGUGCUGUGUGCAAUGACUUUGGGCCAGGGAUCAUCAACUAGAUUCAGCCGCGGGACCAUUUUCUUUCUUGAGCGGAUGGUCAGGGGGCCAAAACAUGAUUACAAAUCAUUUGUAGACUGCAAAUUGACCGCAAGAAGCCCAAACAUAUAUAAUAUUUGACUAAAGCAUAAUACUUUCAAACCUUGCUUAAAUUUGUAUACAAUAACAUACAUCUCUUUAUUAUGCGUGGGAAUUCUAUGGAACAGAUUUCCAAAUUGAAAAUCACGUAGAGCUAAUUUGCUGGUGUUUUUACAGUCUUUUAUGUCUAACAAUAAAAAGUCCAAACAGAAAUAAUAUUUGACUAAAACCUAAUUUCUAACCUUGCUUGCAUUUGUGUACGAUCACAUACACUGAGUGUACAAAACAUUAGGAAAGCCUUCCUAAUGUUGAGUUGCAACCCCCCCUUUUGCCUUAACUCGUUGCGCAUGGACCCUACAAGGUGUCGAAAGCAUUCCACUGGCCCAUGUUGACUCCAAUGCUUCCCACGGCUGUGUCAAGUUGGCUGGAUUUCCUUUGGGUGGUGGACCAUUCCUGAUACACACAGGAAACGUUUGAACGUGAAAAACCUAGCAGUGUUGCAGUUCUUGACACAAACUCUCUAGACCUGUCUAAUACCGUGAGAAUACUUUGGAACAGAUUUCCAAAAUUAAAAUAACUUGCAGCUGAUUUACAAUAAAAACAAAUAUAUAUUUUUGAAUGACUACCCCAUCUCUGUACUGCACACAUACAGUGAGGGGGAAAAAAAUAUUUGAUCCCCUGCUGAUUUUGUACAUUUGCCCACUGACAAAGAAAUGAUCAGUCUAUAAUUUUAAUGGUAGGUUUAUUUGAACAGUGAGAGACAUAAAUAACAACAAAAUCCAGAAAAAGCACAUGUCAAAAAUGUUAUAAAUUGAUUUGCAUUUUAAUGAGGGAGAUAAGUAUUUGACCCCUCUCAAUCAGAAGGAUUUCUGGCUCUUUUAUACAGGUAGCGAGCUGAGAUUAGGAGCACACUCUUAAAGGGAGUGCUCCUAAUCUCAGUUUGUUACCUGUAUAAAACACACAUGUCCACAGAAGCAAUCAAUCAAUCAGAUUCCAAACUCUCCACCAUGGCCAAGACCAAAGUGCUCUCCAAGGAUAUCAGGGACAAGAUUGUAGACCUACACAAGGCUGGAAUGGGCUACAAGACCAUCGCCAAGCAGCUUGGUGAGAAGGUGACAACAGUUGGUGCGAUAAUUCACAAAUGGAAGAAACACAAAAUAACUGUCAAUCUCCCUCGGCCUGGGGCUCCAUGCAAGAUCUCACCUCGUGGAGUUGCAAUGAUCAUGAGAACAGUGAGGAAUCAGCCCAGACCUACACGGGAGGAUCUUGUCAAUGAUCUCAAGGCAGCUGGGACCAUAGUCACCAAGAAAACAAUUGGUAACACACUACGCCGUGAAGGACUGAAAUCCUGCAGCGCCCGCAAGGUCCCCCUGCUCAAGAAAGCACAUAUACAGGGCCGUCUGAAGUUUGCCAAUGAACAUCUGAAUGAUUCAGAGGAGAACUGGGUGAAAGUGUUGUGGUCAGAUGAGACCAAAAUCGAGCUCUUUGGCAUCAACCCAACUUGCCGUGUUUGGAGGAGGAAGAAUGCUGCCUAUGACCCCAAGAACACCAUCCCCACCGUCAAACAUGGAGGUGGAAACAUUAUGCUUUGGGGGUGUUUUUCUGCUAAGGGGACAGGACAACUUCACCGCAUCAAAGGGACGAUGGACGGGGCCAUGUACCGUCAAAUCUUGGGUGAGAACCUCCUUCCCUCAGCCAGGGCAUUGAAAAUGGGUUGUGGAUGGGUAUUCCAGCAUAACAAUGACCCAAAACACACAGACAAGGCAACAAAGGAGUGGCUCGAGAAGAAGCACAUUAAGGUCCUGGAGUGGCCUAGCCAGUCUCCAGACCUUAAUCCCAUAGACAAUCUGUGGAGGGAGCUGAAGGUUUGAGGUGCCAAACGUCAGCCUCGAAACCUUAAUGACUUGGAGAAGAUCUGCAAAGAGGAGUGGAACAAAAUCCCUCCUGAGAUGUGUGCAAACCUGGUGGCCAACUACAAGAAAACGUCUGACCUCUGUGAUUGCCAACAAGGGUUUUGCCACCAAGUACUAAAUCAUGUUUUGCAGAGGGGUCAAAUACUUAUUUCCCUCAUUAAAAUGCAAAUCAAUUUAUAACAUUUUUGACAUGAGUUUUUCUGGAUUUUUUUGUUAUUCUGUCUCUCACUGUUCAAAUAAACCUACCAUUAAAAUUAUAGACUGAUAAUUUCUUUGUCAGUGGGCAAACUUACAAAAUCAGCAGGGGAUCAAAUACUUUUUUCCCCUCACUGUACAUACAAUUAUUGAUUACACCUUGGGUAGUGUAUCAAUACGCCCAGUCACUACAAUGAUACAGGUGUCCUUCCUAACUCGGUUGCCGGAGAGGAAGGAAACCGCAGUAAUACUGCAAAAAAUGUGGCAAAAAAUUCAACUUUUUGUCCUGAAUACAAAGUGUUAUGUUUGGGGAAAAUCCAAUACAACACAUUACUGAGUACCACUCUCCAUAUUUUCAAGUAUAGUGGUGGCUGCAUCAUGUUAUGGGUAUGCUAGUAAUCGUUAAAGACGGGAGAUUUUCAGGAUAAAAAGGAAAUGGAAUGGAGCUAAGCACAGGCAAAAUCCUAGAGGAAAACCUGGUUUAGUCUGCUUUCCACCAGACACUGGGAGAUCUGCUAAAUGACUAAAAUGUAAUUGUAAAUGUAGAUCAAUUCACCUUUUAGCAGGACAAUAACCUAAAAUACAAGGCCAAAUCUACACUGGAUUUGCUUACCAAGAAUACCGUGACUGUUCCUGAGUGGCCGAGUUACAGUUUUGACUUAAAUCUACUUGAAAAUCUAUGGCAAGACCUGAAAAUGGUUGUCUAGCAAUGAUCAACAACCAAUUUGAUAGAGCUUGAAUAAUUGUUUAAAAGAAUAAUGGACAAAUGUUGCACAAUCCAGGUGUGGAAAGGUCUUAGAGACUUACCCAAAAAGACGCAGAGCUGUAAUCGCUUCUGUAAAGUAUUCACUCAGGGGUGUGAAUACUUAUGUAAAUGUUAUGUACAGUGCAUUCGGAAAGUAUUCAGACUCCUGGACUUUUUCUACAUUUUGUUACGUUACAGCCUUAUUCUAAAAUUGAUUAAAUCUUUUUUUCUUCUCAUCAAUCUAUACACAAUACCCCAUAAUGACAAAGUGAAAACAGGUUUUUUGAAAUGUUUGCAAAUGUAUAAAAAAAAUAAAAAUAGAAAUACCUUAUUUACAUAAGUAUUCAGACCCUUUGCUAUGAAACUCGAAAUUGAGCUCAGGUGCAUCCUGUUUCCAUUGAUCAUCCUUGAGAUGUUUCUAUAACUUGAUUGGAGUCCACCUUUGGUAAAUUCAAUUGAUUGGACAUGAUUUGGAAAGGCACACACCUGUCUAUAUAACGUCACAGUUGACAGUGCAUGUCAGAGCAAAAACCAAGCCAUGAGAUCGUAGUAAUUGUCCGUAGAGCUCUGAGACAGGAUUGUGUCGAGGCACAGAUCUGGGGAAGGGUACCAAAAAAAUUAGGCAGCAUUGAAGGUCCCCAAGAACAGUGGCCUCCAUCAUUCUUAAAUUAAAGACGUUUGGAACCACCAAGACUCUUCCUAGAGCUGGCCACCCGGCCAAACUGAGCAAUCGGGGGAGAAGGGCCUUGGUUACGGAAAUGACCAAGAACCCGAUGGUCACUCUGACAGAGCUCUAGAGCUAUAUUAGUUUUGUAUUUUUAAUAAAUUAGCAAACAUUUCUAAGAACCUGUUUUUUCUUUGUCGUUAUGGGAUAUUGUGUGUAGAUUGAUGAAGGGGAAAAAAACGAUUUAAUCAAUAAUAAGGCUGUAACAUAACAAAAUGUGGAAAAAGUCAAGGGGUCUGAAUACUUUCCGAAUGCACUGUACCUGUAUUUCAUUUUCAAUCAUUUUGCAAAAAAAUAUUUUAACAUGUUUUCACUUUGACAUUAUGGGGUGUUGUGUACAUGGGUGAGGGGAAAACAUCGAUUUAAUCCAUUUUGAUUUCAGGCUGUAACACAACAAAAUGUGGAAUAAGUCAAGGAGUAUGAAUACUUUCUGAAGGCACUGUAUCUGUUCCCCUAUGCUCCAUUUCUCCUCUAGUAACCAGGAAGACUACCAGUUGGUGCGGAAGCUCGGCAGGGGGAAGUACAGUGAGGUCUUUGAGGCCAUCAACAUCAACAACAAUGAGAAGGUGGUGGUCAAGAUCCUCAAGGUAAGUUGUUCAAGGGCUGCUUUGUUUGUCUGUAUGGCCCAGUAGAGGUGGAUUUGUGGUCUGUUUUCUAUAAACACAUAGUCUAAGUAAGAAUCAACCAGGAAAACCUAUAAGUAGAAGUAUCUAGGUAAGGUGGACACCUGGAUGAUGCUGUCACCAUUACAGUUAGGCUAUACGUUGUUAUAAAUGAAGUCACAUCCUGAAUGGUCAAACGUUUAGGCUACAUCCUGGUCUGAUUGGGUGUCUCUGUUGUUAUGACCCUGAUUAGCCUGUCAAGAAAAAGAAAAUCAAGCGCGAAAUCAAGAUUCUGGAGAAUCUGCGAGGGGGAACCAACAUCAUCCGAUUGGUGGACACAGUGAAAGACCCUGUGGUAUGUCUUACAGCUCUGCUUUCUUCUAGCCAUGGGCUAGUUCUUAGUCACCUGAGUACCUGGCCACUUCCUUACCCCUUCAAAGAUCAGAUUUGUUUACAUUGUGAAUCCAUUUCUUGAAUGUUCCUAUACAUGUAAUGGCUGUUGAUAUAAUGGCUGUUGAAUUAACAUUCUUACACUUUAUAAUAUCAGCACAAUUUCCUUUACAGAUUGUGAACGUGUUUGAUAUUAUUUUAGUGAGGUUCACUAGACUGUUUGAAAGUUCUGCAAAAUAGUCGUCUUACUCACAGAUUAAGUGGUAGACUAACUAAAUUAACUGACUAAUGAUCUAAAAGCAGGUGAAACAGGACUGUCUUUCUUACAUUUUGGCAGGGUUAUUUUGAGAAUAUUGUUUUAUGAAUGCAAGGGAGAUGGAUACCCAACAUAUACAAUUACCUGAUCAAAUUAUCAAAUGUAUGCUGCUGCCUACAAUCAAAUAAAUGGGAAUUAUGAUCAUGGGAAUUAAUGAGGCUAAUAUUAACAUGGCUUUAUCUUUAAUUACAAAACACAUGAUUGCAAUAGCAGCCGGGAACAAAAUUGAGAUGUGAUUCUUUCAUGUUGAUGUGCUUCUGCUGUGUGUGUGAUGGGUGUUAAGCCACUGCACAAUGAUGUGUGCUCUACCUUUUCCUCCCAGUAAAUAUGGCUCAUUGACUGAUGUCAUUUUUAAUGUUUGAUUUAUCAAUGAGAUUGGAAUAUUUCCAAGUUUUUCUGAUUUUUCCCCCCCCCUCUAUUUGUUCUCUCUCUCUCUCUCUCUCUCUCUCUCUUUCUCAUAUCUCUCUCUCUCUCUCUCUCUCUCUCUCUCUCAUAUCUCUCUGCAGUCCCGAACGCCUGCUCUUGUCUUUGAAUGCAUCAAUAACACAGAUUUUAAGGUAGAUUAAUUUCCCUCUAGGCAUGGGGUUUUACUGGUUUGGGAUGGUGUAAUGACUGGGAAACUUGGUCAUGUUACCCAAUAAGGCUUAUAUAGCUUAUUAGUUUCAAAUACCAUGUUGGUAGCCAUGACUUAGCAUAGCAUUGUGUUUCUGUAUGUUACUGUCUGUUUGGUUGGUUGGUUGAAAGUGUUUUGUUAAACAGUGUUUCAUCAUGGAUGCAUGCAUCACAUACUUGCUUUCUGAAAAUUAAAUCUAAAACUUUUCUUCUCUCCCCAGGAGCUCUACCAGAAGUUAACAGAUUUUGAUAUACGUUUUUACAUGUAUGAACUACUAAAGGUGAGCCUUGCAGUUUUACCCCCUGUGUGUUUUCACAUGUACUCCCAGUCCUACAUUUCUACCUUCCUAACUGUGGGAUUAGUUUGUGGUGUCUAGUCAUUAUUUCGCUGUCUCUGACAUGAUUUGGGUCUUUGUGCUUUCAGGCUCUGGACUACUGCCACAGUAUGGGUAUUAUGCACCGUGACGUCAAGCCCCACAAUGUGAUGAUUGACCACCAGAUGAGGAAGGUAGGGGGAGCUCUUAACCUUUUUCAACCUUAAUUGUGUAGAAACUUGGUAAGAUCUAGGAGUCCAAAUGUAUUGGUCACAUACACGUGGUUAGCAGAUGUUGUUAUGUGUCUGGUACAAAAGUUAUUCGGCUCUGCUCAAGCUGUUUGAAAAGUCUACAAAGCUUACAUAAAUUUGUCCGAUUUGUCUGAAGUGACUUCAAUUAUUUCUUCACCAAUAUUGAAUGGAAGUUGAACUCUUUUAGUCUUUGUCAAAUACAAGUUUCUCAUUGCCACCAGAUGGCAUCAGGACACAUACAGGAUUGCAAUACUGAUGUAUUUUUUAGUAGCAGCAGCAAUUUCCCUUGUGUGCCACAUUUUCUAUGUGGUUUCUAUUCUAACACUAUGUGGUUUGUGUUUUUGUGUUGCAGCUACGCCUGAUAGACUGGGGCCUUGCAGAAUUCUACCAUCCUGCACAGGAAUACAAUGUCAGAGUAGCAUCUCGCUACUUUAAGGGACCUGAGUUACUGGUGGAUUACCAGGUAAAUCCCCAGCACAUGCAAGCAAAAACACACACACCGACACACGGUCAUCCUGUAAAUUAAAAGUGCUCCAGUGAUGUUAUUGUGUUCCAAUUUAAUUGUAAUUGGUAGCUGUUUGUAUAUGGAUGUAUAACCGUAACUGAAGCGUUCUGUGGUUUCCUGUCAGAUGUAUGACUAUAGUUUGGACAUGUGGAGUCUGGGCUGCAUGCUGGCCAGUAUGAUCUUCCAGAAAGAGCCCUUCUUCCAUGGCCAGGAUAAUUAUGAUCAGGUAUCCAAUUAAUUUACCACUGAACUGACAUUCCCUUUCUAUUGUCACUACCAAACAUCCUUUAGUCUCACUACAACCCAUCUUAUUCCACCCAAUAUAACUCCUAACUUGUCUAAUCUAGACCUGUCUCAUAGUAUGAUAACACUGACUGCUACAAUCUAUUAGAGCAGAUAACACAUUCACUACCUGAUGAUAACACGUACUUACCAAAUUAGCUUGUAUAUGAACAAAUACUCCCUAAGACAAACAGAGACACUUAUGUGAAAUUGUCACUGUUCUGAUUUCAGCUGGUCCGAAUUGCCAAAGUCCUGGGGACAGAUGAGCUUUUUGGUUACCUGCGCAAAUACCACAUUGAACUGGACCCACGCUUCAAGGACCUUCUUGGCCAGUGAGUACCAACAGGGAGUGUCAUUGAGACAUGUACAGUGCUUUCAGAAAGUAUUCAUACCCCUUGACAUAUUCCACAUUUUGUUGUAUUACAGCCUGAAUUCAAAAUGGACUAAAUAUUAUUUUUUUCUCACCCAUCUACACACAAUACCCCAUAAUGACAAAGUGAAAACAUGUUUUUAGAAAUGUUAGGAAAUGUAUAUGUAAAUACAUAAAUAUUUAAUUUACAUAAGUGUUCCCACCUUUGACUCCAUUCAUGUUACGAUUACAGCUGUGAGUCUUUCUGGGGAAGCCUCUAAGCUUUGCACACCUAUUGUACAAUAUUUGCACUUUAAAAAAUAUAUAUAUAUUCUUCAAGAUCUGUGAAGUUGGUUGUUGAUAAUUUUCAAGUCUUGCAUAGAUUUUCAAGCCAAUUUUUUUGAUCAGAACUGUAACUAGGCCACUCAGGAACAUUCAAUGUCGUCUUGGUAAGCAACUCCAGUGUAUAUUUGGCCUUGUGUUUUAGGUUAUUGUCCUGUUGAAAGGUUAAUUUGUCUCCCAGGAAAGCAGACGGAACCAGAUUUUCCUCUAGGACUUUGCCUGUGCUUAGCUAUAUUCCAUUUGUUUUAUUUUUUAUUUUUUACUGCCUAGUCCUUGCCGAUGACAAGCAUACCCAUAACAUGAUGCAGCCACCACCAUGCUUGAAAAUAUGAAGAGUGGUACCCAGUGAUGUGUUGUGUUGGAUUUGCCCCAAACAUAAUGUUUAAUAUUCAGAACAUAAAGUUCAUUUCUUUGCCACAUUUUUUGCAGGUUUACUUUAGUGCCUUAUUGCAAACAGGAUGCAUGUUUUGGAAUAUUUGUAUUAUGUACAGGUUUCCUUUUCACUCUGUCAUUUAGGUUAGUAUUGUGGAGGAACUACAAUGUUGUUGAUCCAUCCUCAGUUUUCUCCUAUCACAGCCAUUAAACUCUGUAACUGUUUUAAAGUCACCAUUGGCCUCAUGGUGAAAUCCCUGAGCGGUUUCCUUCCUCUCUGGCAACUGAGUUAGGAAGGACGCCUGUAUCUUUGUAGUGACUGGGUGUAUUGAUACACCAUCCAAAGUGUAAUGAAUAACUUCACCAUGCUCAAAGGGAUAUUCAAUGUGUACUUAUUUUUUUUACCCAUCUACCAAUAGAUGCCCUUCUUUGCGAGGCAUUGGAAAACCUACAUGGUCUUUGGGGUUGAAUCUGUGUUUGAAAUUCACUGCUUGACUGAGGGACCUUACAGAUAAUUGUAUGUGUGGGGUACAGAGAUGAGGUAGUCAUUCAAAAAUCAUGUUUAACACUAUUAUUGCACACAGUGAGUCCAUGCAACUUUUUAUGUGACUUGUUAAGCUCAUUUUUACUCCUGAACUUAUUUAGGCUUGCCAUAACAAAGGGGUUGAAUACUUAUUCAAUCAAGACAUUUCAGCUUUUCAUUUUUAAUUAAUUUGUAAAAAUGUCUUAACAUUAAUUUAACAACAAAAUGUAGAAAAAGUCAAGUUGUGUGAAUAAUUUCUGAAGGCACUGUAUUUACCUUAACUGAGUGUAGACUAUAGAGGUUAGAGAUGGGUCAGUUCCACACAAGUACCAAUACUACCCUAGAUGAAUCACUAUAGAUUUAGACCAUCUUUAUUUAAAACCUGUCAGACAGUGGCCCUCUGGAUCCAGAAAAGGAAACAUUCUUUCCCAGGUGAUAAUACUGUUGUAUUGAAGUGACAGCCUGGGGUAAGUUAGCUCUCUGUCUCCCCCCUCAGGCAGACACGGAAACGCUGGGAGCAGUUUGUCCAGACAGAGAACCAGCACCUGGUGAGCCCUGAGGCUCUGGACCUGCUGGAUAAGCUGCUGCGCUACGACCACCAGCAGAGACUGACGGCCACAGAGGCCAUGGAGCACCCCUACUUCUGUGAGUAGCUCAAAAUGAACACUCCUGCUGACUACCUCUGUUGUGGAGUGCCAGUUAUUAUGGCAUUGAGGAAAGGGGAUAUGAUCUUUAACAUGAUGACUCUUCUACACAGAUCCUGUGCUGAAGGAACAGUCUCUCUCAAAUGCGGAUGGCAAUAUGGUGUCCAGUGGAUCCACUACAGCUCGAUGAAAGCAGGUGAGUGAGAGAAACACAAACACUGGUCUAUUGUAAAUAUUGACAUUCUUUUGGUCUGAGCAAAAUUUAGCUCAGUGUCAGGUGUUCAAGCAGGUUCAGUGAAGUUGUUCCAUUGUUCUAAAUUGUUCCAUUGUUCUCAAUUAUUCUAUUGCUCUGGGUUAACGCUGCUAUUUAAAAAUUUUCAAUAAAAUCACUUUUAUAAUUCUUAAAAUAAAUAAGCAUCAACAGUAUCAUUUCUGUUCCCUUUUUGUCUUUCAGAAGAACAUUUGUUACCUCAACUUUUUACCCCUUUGUGGCAGAAACCUCUUCAAGUGUACAGUGACAAUGGAUCAAAGCACCGCCGACCAGUAACACACUCAAAGAUGUUCAUUCGGGCGCACACACAUACAUGAACACACACAUACUCACACCCUCCUCUGUGUCAGUGUAUGGUUGGCUUGCCCAGUGAAGCAGCCAGACCAAUGAGCUUGAUGCCUGAUGUCUCACUGCUGCCCCUGCCCUCCCUUCCUCUUAUCAAUAGGUAAACAGAAAAUUUUCAAAGACUAGAAAAAAAGGAUCCUUUCCUGUCAUUAUCCCCCCCUUUGGCCCCCCUCCCUCGUUAAACUAAGCAUGGAGAAUGAAAAGGAGCGUGAGCCUGCCCCCUGCCCUCCCUCCCCCUCGGUCUGUCGGUCUGUCUGUCUGUCUGUCUGUCUGUCUGUGUUCAGUAUUCAGCCCCUAGGCAGACCUGAGCUCAGCCUCCACACACUGUAGUACUGAAGUGGCAUGGUGGACCUUUUCUCUGCUCUAGGUAGAAUGAUGAUAAUAAUAUUAAUGAAAAUAAAUGAUUUUUAUUUAGAUUGAUGUGUUUGUGUGAUCAUUUUUCAAAUGUAUUUGCCAUGAGCAGUAGAUCACCUGCUGGGUGUUUGUUAUGGUGUCUUACAUUUCUUAUCUUACUUGUUGUUCAGACAGUCUUACAGUAAUUAAUCAGAGAGACAACCACAAACAACACCAGUAUCUGGUGGUCAAUGAACAGUGGGUCAUCAAUGCCAUUAAUCGCUGAGGAAGGUGACAAAGUCUUGUCUUGACACCAUGUUGCCAGCACAACCCUUAAUGGGCUUGGCUCCAAAACACACUCACCAUAGAUCCAGAGAUAAUGUUUUGACAGACCAUCCACUGUGAACCAUCAUUGCUCAUUCAUUGAGUGAGAAAUCUGUUCAGCUUUCUGCAAUUAUCUGUUGAAUGAUUGCCCUCAUGAAACCAGAUCAGAUGAUACCCGGCGAUGUUGUGCAGCAUUUAUGCAACGUGAUACCUGAAGACUUCUCAGCCAAAUGAGUGGCUGGUUCUCACCUUGCCAUCUCUCUCACAACAGUACUGUGAUAGUACUAGUACGAGCACUCUGAGGGUGUCACGUCAGCUUGAAGACAAUAUUUUUUAGGACACUAAUUAUUUUGUUGACCCUAUUCUCUUGGUUACAUUAGUAUAAAUACCUUAAUGCAUACUUUUAAAUUAUAUUAUGUGAGCUAAACAUAAAAAUACAAACUGAAAAAAAUAUUAAAACAUUGUCCUUAAAGUAUAAUUUUUUGAGAUUACUAAUGUUACUGUCCCCACUAAAACAACAAAAUACUUAAAUCCUUAACAUUUAAAGAGUAACUUCCAUCAAAUUAAAUAAAGUUUUAGGCUUCGUUAUAGUGAACCAAGUCAAUGCUAGUAGUCAUUUUGACAGUUCGUUGCGAAAGUGAUAUAUUUUGGCCUUUUAGUAGUAAAUCUGGUUAUUUUUGCCCCUAGUGGUUCAACUCCACCAUUGAAAGUAUUUUAUUUUUCUUGUUUAGAAGGUGCCUCUACAUCUCAAGGGAGGGGUUUGGUAUGAAAUACACUUCCUUCUAGAUGUGCUACGUUGUGCUACGUUCUACCACCUCAAGGCUUAUAAAAUCAGCGUGCCUUAUUUGGCAAUGGUCUUGGUAAGUGGUGUGCCAAUAUAUUUUGACGUUACACAAAAUUCAAAAGGCAGGAACACACAUUAACGCAUAUGACCAAAACCAACAUUUUUGCUUACCGUUUUAGAUGCAUCUACAGUUGAAGUCGGACGUUUACAUACACCUUAGCCAAAUACAUUUAAACUCAGUUUUUCACAAUUCCUGACAUUUAAUCCAAGUAAAAAUUCCCUGUUUUAGGUCAGUUAGGAUCACCACUUUAUUUUAAGAAUGUGAAAUGUCUGAAUAAUAGUAGAGAGAAUGAUCAGCUUUUAUUUAUUUCAUCACAUUCCCAGUGGGUCAGAAGUUUACAUACACUCAAUUAGUAUUUGGUAGCAUUGCCUUUAAAUUGUUUAACUUGGGUCAAACGUUUCGGGUAGCCUUCCACAAGCUUCCCACAAUAAGUUGGGUGAACUUUGGCCCAUUUCUCCUGACAGAGCUGGUGUAACUGAGUCAGGUUUGUAGGCCUCCUUGUUCGCACACACUUUUUCAGUUCUGCCCACAAAUGUUCUAUAGGAAUGAGGUCAGGGCUUUGUAAUGGCCACUCCAAUAUCUUGACUUUGUUGUCCUUAAGCCAUUUUGCCACAACUUUGGAAGUAUGCUUGGGGUCAUUGUCCAUUUGGAAGACCCAUUUGCAACCAAGCUUUAAUUUCCUGACUGAUGUUGCUUCAAUAUAGAGAUGUUGCUUCAAUAUAUCCACAUAAUUUUCCUUUCUCAUGAUGCCAUCUAUUUUGUGAAGUGCACCAGUCCCUCCUGCAGCAAAGCACCCCCACAGCAUGAUGCUGCCACCCCCGUGCUUCACGGUUGGGAUUGUGUUCUUUGGCUUGCAAGCUGCCCCCCUUUUUCCUCCAAACAUAAAGAUGGUCAUUAUGGCCAAACAGUUAUAUUUUUGUUUCAUCAGACCGGAGGACAUUUCUCCAAAAAGUACGAUCUUUGUCCCCAUGUGCAGUUGCAAACAGUAGUCUGGCUUUUUUAUGACCGUUUUGGAGCAGUGGCUUCUUCCUUGCUGAGCGGCCUUUCAGGUUAUGUCAAUAUAGGACUCGUUUUACUGUGGAUAUAGACCUGUUUCCUCCAGCAUCUUCACAAGGUCCUUUGCUGUUGUUCUGGGAUUGAUUUGCACUUUUCGCACCAAAGUAUGUUCAUCUCUAGGAGACAGAAUGCAUCUCCUUCCUGAGCGAUAUGACGGCUGCGUGGUCCCAUGGUGUUUAUACUUGCGUGCUAUUGUUUGUACAGAUGAACGUGGUACCUUCAGGCGUUUGGAAAUUGCUCCCAAGGAUGAACCAGACUUGUAGAGGUCUACACUUUUUUUCUGAGGUCUUGGCUGAUUUCUUUUGAUUUUCCCUUGAUGUCAAGACAAGAGGCACUGAGUUUGAAGGUAGGCCUUGAAAUACAUCCACAGGUACACCUCCAAUUAGCCUAUCAGAAGCUUCUAAAGCCAUGACAUCAUUUUUCUGGAAUUUUCCAAGCUGUUUGAAGGCACAGUCAACUUAGUGUAUGUAACUUCUGACCCACUGGAAUUGUGAUACAGUGAAUUAUAAGUGAAAUAAUAUGUCUGUAAACAAUUGUUGGAAAAAUUACUUGUGUCAUGCACAAAGUAGAUGUCCUAUCCGACUUGCCAAAACCAUAGUUUGUUGACAAGAAAUAUGUGGAGUGGUUGAAAAACGAGCUUUAAUAACUCCAACCUAAAUGUAUGUAAACUUCCGACUUCAGCUGUAUGUGCUGAAACAAAACAUGUAGGCUAUGAGGAUUAUAUGUUUAUAUUCGUAGCGAAGUCCAUCGUAACAAGAAAUAGAUGACAAUGGUGGUCAUGUCAACUCGUGUUUCUACCAAACUGCUAUGACUGAUUGAUGGCGCUAAAACAGUUGGCUCAUAGUUCAAUGGCUGUGAGUUCUAAUCCCCCAUGGGAUUAUUAGGCUUCUCCAAGUACUGAUGCUGCUGAUGGUCAUUAGUAGCCUACCAAACUUGCAAACUGCCAGGUACUCAGCACUCUAUUGUCCCUCUAAUCACUCUAACAUCAAUGUAGAUGUAAUCUAAAAUCUAAUCAAACACUUCAUGAGCUCAUGUUGCGCAACAUUUCUACAGGCUAUGCAAUUGCAUGAGAAAACAGAGUUUUGAUGGCCUCUAUUAAAAAGAGGAGGAUCCCAUCAGCUUUCUAUCGGCUAGGCCUACUAUAUUUAUUUCUCAACUUUCCUAAUAUUAAGCACAUUGCUUCGCUUUACAACAGGAGUAUAGCCUACCUGGCUGACAUGAAAAUGAACCAUGGGAAAAACGUCCUCCAUUCGCUAUUUAAUUGCGGAGUCAGUCCUCCAUUCGCUAUUUAAGUGCAUAGAUGACAUGUAUUUUUUCCCCCUGCUCCUGUUCCGAGACAGGUGCAUGAUAAUGGUCCAUUCUAAAUCGAAACUAAUACCACACAUAUAUUAUUUAGUAUAUGUAAAGACAACAUUAAAUUAAGAAUAGUCUGAUGGGUGACAAUAUUAGCCUAUCACUUGUGAAUGAUGUAUUAUCAAUUGUGAAUGAUGCCCAGCUUGUGCAUUAAGGCAAGAAACAGCACAUACCUUUUUUUGCGAAUUUUUCAAACCAGUCACACACCUCAUGUAUCCUAUCCCAUAUGCCUAUUUGUUUUGAUUAGGUUUGUAUCACAACUAAAGUGGCCAAAUAACUUCUUAAAAUUAAGCACAUUAAUCCGCUUUAUAACCGGUGUAGAGCCUAACUAGCAUUUAUAGGCUGCGUGUGAAUUUCAAGUUUGGGGAAGAUAAUUUUCACCAUAGAAAUGCACCUUUAUAAUUACAUCCAUAAUCACAUUUGCCGUCACUUUCUAGAAGUGUUUUCCCGCUAAUUGAUUGCAUUUUGGAACAUUCGCGCUUAUAGCCUACUGCCGUGUGCUUAUUGCGGCGCUUAUAAUGUGAAAAAAAUAGCCUAGUAGUUUAUCAAUAUUUAAGCUAAACGAUCAGCUUCAUUGCUUUUAAAAGGUUUUUUUGAUGCGAGUGGUUGUAUUAAUUUGGGAUCUAUCGCGUCCCACAACUGUCCCAGAGUAUGUUUGGAAUAUUUAUUUCUUGCACAGAAGGACAAGUUGACCAAUAGAAUACUAUGGGGGAUAGUAGAUUGACAUUGGCUAGUGCUUUUGCUGUUCGUUAGGCCUACUCAUCUUGUUGGCUGACGAAAAGUAGGCUAAAUGUUGACAGUUCUCUGAUGAAAAAUAGGCAAAAUGUGGACAGUUCUAACAUUUUCAUAGCCAUAUCAGGGCCUAACAUAAGGACAACUCAGAGUAUGCUAUUCUGUUCUUCUGAAAUAGACAUAUCAUGUUUCUUUAGACCUGUCUAAAAUAAAUAAUGGAUUUAUUGUGAUGGUGAAGGCUAUAUUAAAUAUAUUUUUUAGACUUUUUAAAAUGUAGAUGUUCCAAAAGGUCUGCAUCAGUGGCUUGUAGGGUAUGACACUACAAGCUUGGCACAACUGUAUUUGGGGAGUUUCUCCCAUUCUUCUCUGCAGAUCCUCUCAAGCUCUGUCAGGUUGGAAUGGGGAGCGUCACUGCACAGCUAUUUUCAGGUCUCUCCAGAGAUGUUCGAGCGGGUUCAAGUCCGGGCUCUGGCUGGGCCACUCAAGGACAUUCAGAGACUUGUCCUGAAGUCACUCAUGCGUUGUCUUGGCUGUGUGCUUAGGGUCGUUGUCCUGUUGGAAGGUGAACCUUCGCCCCAGUCUGAGGUCCUGAGCGCUCUGGAGCAGGUUUUUGUUAAGGAUUUCUCUGUACUAUGCUCCGUUCAUCUUUCCCUUGAUCCUGACUAGUCUCCCAGUCCCUGCUGCUGAAAAACAUCCCCACAGCAUGAUGCUGCCACCACCAUGUUUCACCGUAGGGAUGGUGCCAGGUUUCCUCCAGACGUGACGCUUGGCAUUCAGGCCAAAGAGUUCAAUCUUGGUUUCAUCAGACCAGAGAAUCUUGUUUCUCAUGGUCUGAGAGUCCUUUAGGUGCCUUUUGGCAAACUCAUGUGCCUUUUACUGAGGAGUGGCUUCCGUCUGGCCACUCUACCAUAAAGGCCUUAUUGGUGGAGUACUUCUCCCAUCUCCCCAGAGGAACUCUGGAGCUCUGUCAGAGUGACCAUCGGGUUUUUGGUCACCUCCCUGACCAAGGCCCUUCUCCCCCGAUUGCUCAGUUUGGCUGGGCAGCCAGCUCUAGGAAGAGUCUUGGUGAUUCCAAACUUCUUCCAUUUAAGAAUGAUGGAGGCCACUGUGUUCUUGGGUACCUUCAACGUACAGUACAUAAUUGUUUUUUACCCACAUGCCUUCAGAAAAAUUUCACACCCCUUAACUUUUUCAACAUUUUGUUGUGUAACAGCCUGAAUUUAAAAUGGAUUAAAUUGAGAUUUAUUGUCACUGGCCUACACACAAUACCCCAUGAUGUCAAAGUAGAAUUAUGUUUUUAGACAUUUUUACAAAUGAAUAAAAAAUGAAAAGCUGAAAUGUCUUGAGUCAAUAAGUAUUCAACCUCUUUGUCAUGGCAAGCCUAAAUAAGUUCAGGAGUAGAAAUUUGCUUAACAAGUCACAUAAUAAGUUGCAUGGACUCACUCUGUGUGCAAUAGUAGUGUUUAACAUGAUUUUUUGAAUGACUACCUCAUUCAAAAAUCAUUCGAGCAGUGAAUUUCAAACACAGAUUCAGCCACAAAGACCAGGGAGGUUUUCCAAUGCCUCGGAAAGAAGGCCCUAUGAUUUCUUAAUCCGGCCCUGGUGAACACUUAUGUAAAUUAGAUAUUUCUGUAUUUAAUUUUCAAUACAUUUGCAAACAUUUCUAAAAACAUGUUUUCACUUAGUCAUUAUGGGGGAAUUGUGUGUAGAGGGGUGAAAAUGUUUUAUUUUUAAAUCCAUUUUGAAUUCAGGCUGUAACACAACUAAAUUUGGAAUAAGUCAAGGGGUAUGAAUACUUUAUGAAGGCACUGUUCAUGCAUUCAUGCUGUGACCCUUACUGUAAGUAGGGCAGUGUUUGGAAAGCUUUGUCAUCUGACACUUGCUGCGCCUGAGUGCAUUAAGCGCAGCCCCACCCCUGUUCCACAGGAGGAGCUCUUGUGAAUGGAAUUACUGGGAGGGCAGGUGACCUAAUACAGUGUCCUUCACUGUUGCUCACAAGUGUCCGUGAUCAACUCAGGAACUGAUGCAGUUUCUCCACAACACUAAUCCUCUGCCAAAAUGUCCACCUAUCUGAAUCAGAGCCCCUGAUUCUUUGUACGUCUGUAAUAACGAGGCAAGCUUAGCUGAUACAUGUAGGCUAAUGGUAUUCUUGUGUAAUCUUGGUGUUUAUAGACACCAUGCAGUACACCUUGUGGUGAGACUACCAGGUCACACUAAUUGGCUCCUUCAUUUGUUUGACCUCGAUGUCAGAAUACAGGAGUAAGAAAAUUUGGUGAGACGGAGAAGAUGUGCGUGUAUAGUACAGUACAGAUCGUAUAUGUCCUGCUCAGACCACAUAAAUCAACUUGUUCCCACUGGGCAUACACUGGCUGAAUUAACGUUGUUUCCAUGUAAUUUCAAUGAAAUGACGUUGAACCAACGUGGAAUAGACGUUGAAUUGACGUCUGUGCCCAGUGGGUUUUCUCUCACACCCCACCUUGCAUAGCAAGGCUUAUGUGGCGGCAGGUAGCCUAGCGGUUAAGAGGUUGGGCCAGUAACCAAAAGGUUGCUGGUUCAAAUCCCCGAGCUGUCUAGGUGAUACAUCUGUCGCUGUGCCCUUGAGCAAGGCACUUAACCCUAAUUGCUCCUGUAAAUUGCUCUGGAUAAGAGCGUCUGCUAAAUGACUAAAAUGUAAAUGUAACAAACUGCAUUGACUUGUAUAGGGGAUCCAUUGACCAUUUAAUUAGUAUGUCUCCACCAAAGGAACCGGAGGCCAAUUAACAUGAUGUAAAUAAGUACUGUAACUGGUGCUGAAGCCAAACACCCACUUAGCUAAGUGCGUGUUUUUCUAUCAGUAACAACAUGGAGCCCUCCUGCGCAGACUAAGUUUAGAAGAACCUUUUGUUGAGAGGCAUUGUUAUUGAUUGUGUAUCCAGUGUCUUCACCAUAGGGGUUUGCUUUUGACUCUACAGAUGUAGGAUCUUAAUGUGAUCACCCUGUUACAGGAGAACUUUCCUGUGAUUCAGGAAAUGUAAAACUUGUAGUGUAUUUGAAAUUUCAGACUUGGAUUUUCCCUUACGAAAUAUGUAUCAACCCCCAGAAAAAUGUCCAUUAAUUAUAAUCCACAUAAUAAUUCACAUUUCCUGUUGCUGCAUGAUUAUUUUCCUGCUGUAGCAAACUGGCUCAAAUUAAGAUCCUACAUCUGUAUGUUUAGCUAUGCCAUCGGGCCCUAUUUUUGAUUUUGCAUGUGCAGCUGCAUCACGUCUUGAUUUUUGGUUGUGAUUGUGUAGCCCAGCCUCAGAGCCCUGUUCACCAUUCUGUGCAAGGCGGUGGUGGCUGGACUAUGGAGUUGUGUUUUAGUGUAAAAUCCUACUGUUCCAUGAUUCUGAAUGAGUUAGCUAUGAUCACUAUUUCUAUGAGAAUUUACCCUGAGUGAAGGACACGGUGUUUGCUCCAUGCACCUGCACGCACAGUAGCAGCUUAAAGUAGAUGUGCGUGCGUAAUCCCAAGAUAGCAUGACUGAAAUAUCCACUUCCUCCUCAAGAGGAAACCUGAGAGCGAGUUUCCUGUCCUACAACCUGACUCCUCUGCUCCUCACGUUCAGACAACAUCUCUACCCAUCAAAGUUUCAGCAGCGGCCUUGUCAGAUCCGCCGGGGCCCGGGUCUGGUCAGCUGUGGACCGGUCAGCAUGGCUGUAGUCAAGCGAGAGAACAGGAGUCUGUGUUUACAGCAGGGGCUGUGAGCGGGAUUUUCUAUGUCAUUUAACAACCAUAUAAAUAAUUUGGAAUUGAUAGGAGGGCUUAUUUCAGGUGUCUAGUGCUGUUUUUAUUUCAAAGUGUCCAGUGUAUUCUAUUAUUUUAAGUGCCUAGAGUGUAGAGUUAUAGCCUAUUUUAAAGUGUCCAGUGUAUUCUGUUAUUUUAAGUGCCUACUGUCUGGUGUGUCUAUCUGUUACCUACUCUUCUCCUUUCUUUGUGUCUGUCUGCCUCUGUGCGAAAGAGGAUCAUUCAUAUGAGUCUUCUGGAUUCAUUUUCUCAAUUAAACCUCAACUGCAUAACAAUUCAUCAUGUUUUUCUCAUGAAUGUGUCUGAACUUCCCUCCAGCUCUAUCCUGGAACCCACAAGGGAAACGAAAAACAGUGCACCCACAAAACACCUGGAGGCAGGAGCUAGAAGCAGAUGCUAAAAGAUCUGGCAUGGGGUGGAACGAGAUUGAGAAGAAGUAA